AUGUCUGUGGACUUGCUCACCACUGCCCAUCCAGGCCAUAUCGACGGCGAAGUUGACCUUGAUGAGAUGAGCCACAUGGAAGGACAAAGGGAUGAUGUCGAUUUUGGGGAGCAAGAUCUAGGGGGAAUACGGUUCAAUGACGACGAAUUGGCGACUGAGGACAGGCACGAUCCAUCCACCCUCGACGUCGAAGACACCCAACCAGAUGAGCAAGAGAACGAAGGGGAGAAUGCUUCAGCUGAGGGGAUACUCCCCGAUGAUGUAGAAGAGGGCUUUGAUAUGGAAAGCAGCGCCGCCGUUUUUGAGCAUGUCAAGUCAGACAAUUCAGCCUCAGCGAAGAUACCUGAUGUUGAGAUCAUGUUGGAUGCAGAUGAAACUACUGCGAAUGACAAGACCGGUAGUACACCUACUGCAUCCCUCAUCGCCGGCUCUAACAUGCAACAGGAAGAUGCCAUGUCUGAGAUCGAUUACGACCACAACGAUGAUGAUUCCGUCGAUAUAGGCACAAACGACCAGACACUCUCACGGAGUGUAGAUGGUGUCGGAGACGAAAACCCAGGCGCAGAAUCGGAGCCUGUAGAUGAGAUUCAAUCCAUGCCUGUCGCAGACAGUCAGAAUGAAGUCUCACAGACAGAUCCAGAUCAAACCGCUCUGCAAGAAACCAUGCCCGAAGUUGCCUUCCAGGAGAAGAACGAAACCCACGAAUACGAAUAUGACGACUCCGAACUUGUUGAGACUGCCGAUCUCGCUGGCAUCGAUGAAGCAGAGGCGGAGGAACCAAACCUCUCUAAUGACGAAAAUGUCGAUAUUUUGAACAAUCAAAGUACCGAGGCUCCCGAAGGUCUUGCGAUAGAUUCUUCUGAGAACGACAACGACUACCAUGAAGAUGCCGAUUACAUGGAUGUCACCGAACUCGAUCAGUCCCCUGAUGACUUCUCGAACCCUCCUACCGUGCAAGUACACUAUCGGGGGACAAGCUAUGCUCUCUUCCAGAAGUCAUAUGAGGACGAGCCUGAAUCUUUCUUCUUCUCUGAUAUGGAAGCGCUUGAAUUCCCGCUCUCGCAGUUUCUUUGUAGCCUGCGUGAGGUCGUCGCGGAUGUGGCCAACGAUGACGAGGUGCUAAUUCGUAUCGAUGAGCUGGGACUAGAGUUCGCUGAAACAACCGAUAAAAAGCUGCUUGAUAAAGUUACCUUCCAUAAUAUCGUUGAUCUCUAUGAUCGGCUGGUGCGCGCCGAUGACCCAGACUCUCAGCAUCACACCAUGCACAUCUUUCUAGUGACACGCCCCAAUUGCCAGCGGAGGCUUGAGGCUUUGUUGGACGGUGCCAACGUUGGCGAGGGAUUGGAGGCCUAUCGCCUCUCGUAUCCUGAGUAUCUGACCGUGGACUUUCCCGUCAAGCCCACCGGAUCAGGUGACUCGCUGUCUCACCAAGAUGAAGAGUCCAACGUUGAGCUUGACCAUUAUGAUGAGCAGGAAGGCGAGGAACUUGAUGUCUUGGAUGUCUCACACCAUCCAGACGAUCAAGCACCUGAAGAUGAGAUGGUGGCUGCAGAGGACUUGGGCACUGAUUUGCAAGGGAACUCAGACGGUCAAGUGACCGAUGAGAACCAUCGGUCUGCUUCGGUGACAUCGGAUCACGCGAAUUCACACGUCUUAGAGAUUGUCGACACAGAAGACGGCAGCCUUGAUGACGGAGGUGCCGAAUCAUAUCUUGAUCUGUCAGAAAGACAAGUGGGAGGCUCGGGCACACCCGGACAUUUCGACGAGGGUGAGGAUAAAGAUGCGUUUGAAGUCGGGGAUCAGAUAGCCCCCGAUGUGAAUCGUCAAGUAUCAGCACCCCAGGACAGUGACUCCGAGGCAUUGAUGGAAAAGGACGAAGAGACCGUUGAUGACCAUAUCGCUAUUGAUAUGGAGGAUCACAUCAGCCCUGACGUAACUGCAAAUGGGUUCCAGUCCACGAACAGUGCAGAGCAUGAUGCCGAUCUUCCCAAUGGAGAUGAUGGCGAGGAAGCGGCUCCGAUUGUGGAAGAAGCUGCUGAGUUAGCAGACAUACCCGAACUUGCCGAGGCUGCUGUUGAAGGUAUGCCCUACUUGUUCCCUGAAUUCCCAGUCAUGAUCAUAGUCGAUACUCACCUACCUUCUUUUGAAGUUACUACCGCUGCAUUUACACAUGUCGAGGUAGACCAUGAUGAUUGGCAAGACCAGGAAAAUGCCGAAGAUCACACUGUUGCCGAUAUGCCUGAGGCUAGCGCCGAAGCUGAGCACGAGGCAGGAGAACGCCCUGACGGGGAGGAGUCUGAGCGAACCAGCGCAUCUGGCACGCUAGCUGGCGAUGAGGUCGAAAGGAUCGACACAAACGAAAUCUCAGUGCCGGUCGACACCGACGGUAACGUGGGUAGCAGCCCCAUACAGCAUGAUGCCGAUGAAAUCGACUGGGAAGACAACGGAGAUGAGACAGCAAUCGGUGGUACUCACCUCUCUACGCCCGCGAGCAGUACUGGGAAGAGAGGUCGAGCAGAGGACGGUGACGAAGCUGAUGGUCAGCACGACGUCAAGCGUCAUCGUGUCUAA